AUUUCAAAAUCCAAUGUUUCGCCAAACGGUUUGUUCGACGCAUCGCUUCAUUGAAAACGCUUUCAAAACUGUUAUCAAAACUACAAAACCAAACAAUUUAUUCAAUCGUAAACUCUAUCACUCUUUGCCUGAAAUCAAUAAACAAUUAUCAAAAACAACAAACAUUUGUGUCAUGUCUUCAAACUCAGAGUAUAUCUACACUAACGACACACCGGUGCUUCAAUUGGACGCAGAAAAUGCAUUCAACGGUCUGACCGAAGAAGAGCGACUGUACGCUCACUACUUGUCGAAGAGUUCGUGGUUCGGGUCAUUGAUUGUGUUGUUUCAGACUUCUCCCGAAUCGCCGCUUAUUUUCCUUCUCUUCCGACGACUAUUUGGUUCGCAAUCAUUGGAAGAAUUGAAACAAUUGUCUCAAACUGUGGCAAACUUUGAUGACACKGAAUGGAGGGCUUUAUUAGUGUAUUAUUCGGCGUUUUUGGCAAAUAUGGGAAAUUAUCGCGGAUUCGGAGACUCAAAGUUUGUCCCGAAUUUACCGAUAAAUAAAUUGGAAACUCUUGUACUGAAGAGUCAGGCGUUUAAACAAAACCAAAAGGAAAUGCAAUUUAUUUGGGAAAACAUUAAACAAAGUCUUUAUUCUCUCGAAACCAGAGAUUUGUCGCUCGGAUUCUCUCCGAAUGGAACGACAACUUAUUUCUCGAAGAACUGCACCAAAGAGGACGCGGAUCUCGUCAAGGAUUUUAUGCAGAAAAAUAAAUUGGAAGCUUUCAACAGUCGUGUCUUCAAAGACAACGAAACCAAUACUUAUGAAAUCAGAUUUGCUUCAAUUCUUUCGGAUUCCGAUUCCGAAGACAACCAUUAUCUGACCGUUGAGUCGGCGGACAAUCGGUUUGUUUUAAAACGCGGCGAUUAUUCUGCGAUUUUGAAAGCCGUGAAUAAGAAUUUGAUUGAAGCGAAGAAAAACGCAAGAAAUCUAACCGAAAGUCAAAUGUUAGACCAAUAUAUCAAACAUUUCCAAAGCGGAGACCUUAAGGCACACAAAGACGGAUCGCGAUUCUGGAUCAAAGACAAAGGACCGAUUGUCGAGACGUAUAUCGGAUUCAUUGAGAACUAUAGAGAUCCGGACGGAAUGAGAGCUGAGUUCGAAGGUUUUGUUUCGAUUGUAAACAAAGAAAUGUCUAAAAAGUUUACGGCUCUCGUCGACAAUGCCGCCUCUUUUCUGCCUCUGCUUCCGUGGUCUAAACAAUACGAAAAAGAUCAUUUUCUUCAACCAGAUUUCACUUCUCUGGAUGUUKUGACUUUCACGGGAUCGGGAAUUCCCGCGGGAAUAAAUAUUCCAAAUUAUGACGAAAUCCGUCAAAGCGAAGGCUUCAAGAAUGUUUCGCUCGGGAAUGUCAUAACAGCGUCACUUAAAGACCCGAAACCUAACUUUUUGAGUGUAGAAGACGCAAAACUGAUGGAGAAAUACGGCAUUCAUAGCUUUGAAGUUCAAGUUGGUCUUCACGAGCUAUUGGGUCACGGAAGCGGUAAAUUGUUUCAAAUGGAUGACAAAGAAAAACUCAAUUUUGACGUUCAAAACACUGUUAAUCCGUUGACAAACAAACCGAUUGACAAAUGGUAUUCAAAAGGCGAAACCUAUGAUUCAAAGUUUACGAGUCUCAGCAGUGCUUACGAGGAAUGUCGUGCAGAAUGUGUCGGUCUUUAUCUAUGUCUUGAUCCGCAAGUCUUGAAAAUUUUUGGAUUUUCCGGAUCUGAAGCCGAAAACGUGAUUUACGUUAAUUGGCUUUCAAUGGUUCACAAAGGAAUCGAAAGUCUUAAGAUGUAUAAUCCGUCGGUUAAUAAAUGGCUUCAGGCGCACAGUCAGGCCCGGUAUGUCAUCACUCGUGUUCUUCUCGAAGCUUCCAAAGAGUUGGUCAGAAUUGAAGAAAUUGAAAAAUCAUCGGAAGAUGGAAAUCCCGAUUUAUUGAUAACUCUGAAGAACGAUUCUCAACUGAUCCAUUCGGUGGGAAAGAAAGCCAUUGGCGACUUUCUUCUCAAACUACAGGUUUUCAAGUCUACCGGAGACAUUGAAUCGGCGCAAAAACUGUUUGAUGGCUAUAGCCAAGUGUCGGACGCUCUUGAAUAUCCUUAUCUCAAGUUUCGCGACAUUUCUGUGGCCAGAAAGAAACCGCGCCGAAUCUUUGUUGAGUCGACAACAACUUUAGUCGAUAACAAAGUUGUUCUCCAGUCAUUCCCGACGACUCACGAGGGAGUCAUCGAUUCGUUUGGCUCUCAUUUCGGUAAAGAUGUCAACAUUGAGGAAAUGGUUCUCGAAUUGUGGCGAAAAGAUUACAAAUAUUUUUACUGAAAAUAUCUUUUGAUUUCUUGUAAUUUCGAAAAACAUUUCUUAAUUAAUCGAAUUUUUUGUAAAUCAAGAAAAAAUAUUUUAAAUAAAUUUUGAAAGU